CAACUUUACUGAAAGUAAACAAUUAUUAUAAAUAUCAAGUAAAAUCAUAUUUAAGAUUUAUGUUUUUAGUAUUGAGUUUGUUACUAAUUGUUAAGUUAGACAAUUUUACUAGCUUGUAUAAAGUUAUCUGAAAUCUUUAUUAAUUAUAAAUCCCAUUGUAUAAAAUGAAAACUGAUAAUACUGAAGAUCAGUUACCUUUAAAACAAGAAGCCAGAGCUAAACUUCGUGAAUCAUUUUUGAAGGCUGUUAACAGUUUACAUGGUGAGCGUUGUUCAAUCUUGACAUAUGAACAGUCAAAGCUAACUGGGACCUUAUCCAGCUGGAAACCUGAUGGCACUGAAGUGUUAAUUCAUGAUCUGAAAACACCAGCAAAUAUUGUAAUGUCAUCAGCAUUGUUAAGAACUCCUGACAUUUUAGCUAUACAAUUAGAUAAACCUGUUGUAUUACAAAUAUGAUAUUAAAAAAGUUUCAGUACAAAA